CGUUCCUGCCCUGGCUGCAAGUUACAGUGGGCCAAGCCAGCUGAGCAGUUGAUGGCGCCGUUGCCAAGCUUCAGAACAGCAGAACCUGUACGUGCGUUUCACCGAGCGGGCGUGGAUUUCGCAGGGCCAUUCCUGACGAAGCAAGGUCGUGGCAGGGUCAAGACCAAGCGCUAUCUGUGCGUCUUCACCUGCCUCCAGUCAAGAGCAGUGCACCUGGAGAUGGCAUACUCCCUCGACACUGAUGGUUUCCUGCUGGCUCUGAGUAGAUUUGUGAAGCGACGCGGUCGACCGGCUCUGAUUGUGUCGGACAACGGCACAAAUUUCGUAGCUGCGGAAAAGGAGUUGCGGGAUGCAGUCGAGCAGCUGAAUUCCGGCAGAGUGAGCGCUGCACUCGCAUCGGAGCACAUCGAGUGGCGUUUCAACCCCCCACAGGCGCCCCAUCAUGGGGGCGUGUUUGAGUCGAUGGUGAAGUGCGCCAAGCGUGCGUUGCGUGGAAUCCUGGAGCACGGAGACUGCACAGACGAGGAGCUGAGUACGGCGUUCAUAGUUGUGGAAGCAUUCCUCAACACCAGGCCGCUCACGACGAUAAGCUCAGAUCCGAGUGACCUCACCCCACUCACGCCACAGCAUUUCCUCACCAGCCAUGCCGACCUGUCGCUGGCACUUGAGGAACUGGCUGAUCAAGCUGAUCGCGUGAAUCCAAGACAUCGCUGGAAAGCAGUUCAGCGACUGAGUAAGGACGUCUGGGACAGGUGGCUGAAGGAGCUCGUCCCAGCGCUCAACCUGCGUCAACGAUGGCGCAAUCUGCACCGCAAUGUACGUGUUGGUGAAGUAGUGCUAUUCUUGGAACCUGGCACUCCAAGAGGGAAGUGGCCGCUCGCAAGAAUACUGCAAGUGUACCCAGGCAAAGAUGGCAACGUACGGGUGGUCGACAUUCUCGUCCGCGGCAAGACCUACCGCCGACCAAUCAAUGUGCUCGUCCCACUGGAGGUGGAUUCUGAGUAAGCCACCAGUACUGUGCUCGUUCUGCAAGAGGUGGAUUCUGAGUAUGCUGUGUUAGUGUUAGUAUUGUGCUCGUUCUGCAAGACGUGGAUUCUGAGUAUGCUGUGUUCGUAUGAGCUCGUUCCGCAAGAGGUGGAUUCUGAGUAAGUUAUGUUAUCUCUAUUGCCUCACUCAAUCACUGUUCGUGAGGGAGGGUGGUGAUGUACAGAACUAUCACAUGUCACAUGUUGCACGUUGAUACUAUUAGUGUAUUGUAGUUACGAUUUGUGUACAGAACUGUCACAUGCUGCAAGGAGGGAGUGUGCGAGAUUUACGAGUGUGAUUUUGAGUGUGACUGGACAGGACACUGCGCUGAAAUAGAAUGAGUGUUGUUGGGAUAACAUCAUUUACGAGUGUGUUGUUACAAUACAGUGUUUGUUGUGCGUGUUUGUCGGAUACGCCGAUAUAAUCACUUGCAUAGAUAAUACUUACGUUGUUGCUUGCAUUCUCGCUCUCCACAGCAACUCCAUUGCGUGCUGCGUUCUAUGUAUUCCUAUUCUGUACACUGACUCUCUCUGACAGGAUUUGCUGUCACCCUGUCUCUGGGCGCAAGCACCCUCUGACAGACCAAACUGAUUUGCUUCAUCUCCACAAUAUUUAUCUCCUUUCGAUUUGAAUUUCUGUUUGUUCUGCACUCUGAUUUUUCCUUGUUGCACCUGCGCUUUUGUACGCGGAACUUUGCUGUCGCCAUCGCGUCGCCAUUAUUUAUAUCCAUGGUUACGUGGUGGUAUGACUCAUCGAUGCAUCAUGCGCGCAUGAUCAUUCUUCUUUUCUACUCGUACACUUCGAUAUGCAUGCACGCACACUGAUGUACACCUAGACUACACGUAAGCCAAUGCACGCACGCGAGCACGUUUCGCUGAGGACAGCGAUUUGAGAGAGAGAGUUUGUCAAGUUUGAGAGAAUGGUGGUUAGCUUCUUGCCCAGAUUAGUGACAGUUGUGGUUGUUGU